AUGGCCAACGAACAAAAAGGGCUUUCAGGAACCUCCAUCCUCUCCCUUCCGACCGAGGUGCUUGCACGUGUCGCAUCUUCUUCAUCAACUGAUCUUUUCCGGGCAAAACUGUGCUGUAAGUUGCUUAACGAAGUUUCGGACGCAGACAUCGUUUACCAGCGGGUGUCACUCGCCAACAUACUUCACCCCCAAAAGAUUGGCUUACAACACGUUACUGCAGCUUUGGGCCCAGUUGAUUUCUUUACGGACAAGCAUGGGGACUCAGCAUCGGAAUGCUUGGAAGAAGCUGCUAAUUCAGGCCAUGCCGAUGCUGCAUAUGCGUUGGGAAUAAUUUACAUCUUUGUUGGUGGGGACGAGUUAAAGCGCAAAGGUAUGAGCCUGCUGAGCGGGAUGAAGAAAUCCGGAAUUCUGAAAGGCAGAGUGAAACUUUGCCGUGACAAUUUGCGAGCGCUACUGAGGAUGAUAUGGGUCAAGAAUCCUGUGUUUGCAAACCCAACGCCCAUUUGUUGUGCCAUGACACAUGAGAGGAAAACAUCUUCAUGGCCUAUGGAUGCGGAUGACGUGGAGGAGAGUACAUGUGAAGGCUGCGCUUGCGAUGAAGAAAUUGGAGCAAUUUGUGCUGCCCUACCUUAUCGUUAG